GUUCCUUGAACAUUUCGUAACGGUAUGCAUGAUCUGUUAAGUCGUGACUAUUCGCUUGUGUUCAGUAAUACGGGCCAUGCAGUUAGCAGAACUGAAAAGGGCUCGAACUCUCUUUGGAGAUAAUAAUGGGGUAUUUAAUACAAACUGGUCCUGAAAGCUCCCUCAAAUAAUCAGUUUCGUAUGAAUUCAUGUGAAGCUGACUACUUGUCUCUGUAGUGAAGGAAGUUACUAUACAGUAUUAUUUUAUAGCGGAAAUAUCGUUGCUCUUCAUUUCUGACAUUUAUCUAUUCACUUCUUGGGUUUUUGUGUAACGUUACUGUAGCGGCCCAAUCCCCCUUAAUAUAUCAAAUAUAUAUCCUCAAUAUUGGGGAAAAUUCUAUCACUUUGGUGCUAUAUACAAUAAUCGUCAAUUGACGAACUUACACGAUGAUUUCUUCUCGUUUCGGGAUAUGCCAGUCAGCUAUUACAAAAUGUAUAAAACAGCAUGCUUUGACGUAUCACAAGAAUGUCAUAGAUCAUUAUGAGAACCCUCGUAAUGUAGGCUCAUUCGAUAAGAAAGACAUGUCUGUCGGUACUGGUUUGGUUGGUGCACCGGCCUGUGGAGAUGUUAUGAAGCUCCAAAUAAAGGUGGAUGAAAAUGGGAAAAUAAUAGAUGCAAAGUUUAAAACAUUUGGUUGUGGUUCCGCAAUUGCAUCCAGUUCACUGGCAACUGAAUGGGUUAAAGGCAAAACAAUUGAUGAAGCUGCAAAAAUAAAAAAUAGUGAUAUUGCCAAAGAACUAAAACUUCCACCUGUCAAAUUGCACUGUUCUAUGCUUGCCGAAGAUGCUAUCCAGGCUGCUAUUAAAGAUUACAAGAAAAAGUCUACUUGAGUAUUACUUUAUAUGCACAAAUCAAUCCCAAUCAUAUUCGACGUCAUAAUUUCUCAUUUCACUUGGAUAGACAUUGUUGUAAAUCAUAAGCAUUAUAUUGAAAGUAAUUUUGUUAUCUAACAAAUUUAACCAUAGAUACAGAGAUACUCUCAUAAAAAUAAAACUUAUU